UUGUGUAAGAUGAAUUUUUCUGAGUCAAAGAAAAACAAGUUUAGUGAUAUAUUGCUGUUCCCAUCCAACUGUAAUGAAACACAUCAUCAUGGAUUUAUUGAAGCUAACGGUGUUGAAUAUUACAUUGAACUUAUGUUUACAAAGCCAUUUCAGAACGCGAGGGUCAAAUGUGAAUACAAGUUGCAACAAAGACUGAAAGAUUAUUCUGAUGAUAUCAAGAAUAGUUUGAAGAAAUCUAAAACCCCUCAGGAAUUUGCAAAGCUGUUACAAAAUCUUCUCUGUAGAGUGACAGAACCAUUAAAAGAAGUUCUGUCAGUUGAAUACACUACCACACUUGUCAAGCAUAUUGAGGAUGUUGGUUGGUCAGCUAUAAAAGAUGUAAAUAAUGAUUUUACUCGUAUCACACUCUCAGCUAGAGAUGUAGCUGGCAGAGAGCAUGAACUGGUAUUACAUCCUUCUGAUUUUCCAAAACAAUGUCCUGAAGUAACAUCUGACCUACCAUACCCUUUCCGACCUCAAUGGGGUGGAAUAUUCUCCAGUUUAAAGUCAAUUUAUCAACAAUUUAUUGAAGUAUUGCCGAUUUAUCAACGAUUCUGGGACGAAGUUGAGGAAUUACAACAAAAAUGUUGGAUUCUUGAGCCAGACAAACCAAGCUAUAGAGUGAAAGAUUAUAGAAUAUAUUUUGGUGCUAGCAGUUCCAUAUUAAUCACCAUUGAUCCAGUUCAUCCAGAAAAUAUUCCAGAAUGCCGAUUCAUGGGAGCAGAAGCUUCUCUUAUGCCAAUUAGACAAAAAUUUAUGAAAAAUAUACAAGAUUGGAAUGGAACAUUGUCAAUACUCCAAAAUUUGAAAAAUAUUCUUCAAAUUGAUUUCCCACGAAAGAGCAAAAAUCAAGCAUUUGAUGUCACUCUUCAGUGUGGAAUUUGUUACGAGUAUAAACUGGUGAACAAUAUUCCUGAUCAGGCGUGUAAUGAACCAAGAUGUGGACAGCUCUUUCACAAAGUUUGUCUUGUUGAGUGGAUACAAAGUGUUCCUGGAGCAAAGCAAAGUUUUCAAACACUGUUUGGCGAAUGCCCUUAUUGCAAUAAUUCCAUCACAGUUAAACUUUGAUAGUAGAGAAAAUGAUAUCUUAAAUGGUUGUGAAUUUUUUAUUUAUCAAAGUUCCAAUAAUAUAGGAUGCUUAUCA